UAGGAGCCGGUGUCUCAAAACUGUCCUAUGGGCCUCCGUAGCCUUGCUUGCGCCAAGUGGGGUCGGGACUUUUGCGGUCUAAGUGCGAUAAGAUAAGGCCCUUCAAAAAAUUCAGAGCCAUUCCGUCCAUCCCCCAAGAAACCCCCCUCCAUAAGUUCUUCUGAUAGGAUUGAGGAGCAGCAAUACCACAACCAUGGGCAAGAACAGGAAGUCUAAACGCCAAUUGGUGCGGGAUGAGAGGAGGAAGAAGAAAUUGGGCCGGCGCCUGGCAAACGAGGAAGAAGGGCAGGAAAGAGGGCAAGAAGCAGAGACACAACAGCUCCAGCUCGAGACCGAGACCAAGACCCAAGACCAACAUGCCGAGUUCAUCCCCUUCGACGAAGAUGUCCCCAUGCACGAUACCGCCCCUCCAAGCUACGAGCCCGAGAAAGAGUUCUUUGGUAUGCUUGCUGACGAGGAGCAAGAGUACUUCCGCCACGCCGAUGAGUUGCUGGAGCUGAACGACUUUCCCUCGCCCGAGGAGCGCGCCAUCUUCCUGCAAAACGUCUUUAAGGAGGCAGAAGGGAAGGAGUUGAAGCUGGCAAGCAGCCAGUCCUGCUCACGUCUGAUGGAGCGUCUGAUAUUGUUAUCAAACUCCCAGCAGAAGAAGCAUCUAUUUGAGGAGUUCGCUGGGCACUUCCUCACCCUCGUCACACACCGCUUCGCCAGCCAUUGUUGCGAGAAACUCUUCAUUCAGUCCGCACCGGUUGUCACAGAGGAGCUGGAGGGUGCUCCAGCGGCGGUCUCGCAUGAUUCCGGUGAGGAUGACCAGAAACCGCAGGCUCCCAUGGAGGACCUGUUUCUUCAGAUGUUGGACGAACUGGAGGAGCACCUCACUUUCCUCCUCUCAGACCGUUACGCCUCUCAUACCAUUCGAGUGCUCCUCGUCAUCUUAUCCGGAAGGACACUAGAUCAAAUAUCAACCAAGUCGUUACUACAGAGCAAAAAGAAGGAGUAUAUCACAGUCGCUGGAGCCCAGUCAGCCGAAGGCAACGAGCUCUUGUCUCGGAAAAGAGCAGUCCCCGGAUCGUUUACCAUGGCCAUUCGAAAGAUCAUUACUGAUUCGACAUCAACCAUGGAUUCUACAGCUCUCCGAGUCUUGGCAAAACAUCCCACUGGAAACCCCGUCCUUCAGUUGCUUUUGGAACUCGACAUUUCCCUCAACACCAAAUCGAAAGAGGCGAAACCAGACGAUGAGGCGGAGACACCGCUUCUCGAGAGACUAAUUCCAGGGGCUCCGUCUUCGUUCAAGGACGAAGACUCGAGUGCCUCGGAGUUUGUCAACUCCAUGAUCUAUGAUCCUAUUGGCUCGAGACUUCUCGAAACUCUCAUCAUGUAUAGCCCUGGCAAGAUUUUCAAGGGGAUGCAAGCACAUUACUUCGGGCCGCGGAUACACAACCUCUUGAGAAAUGACAUCGCCUCAUAUCCUGCAAUUCGGGUGCUCAAUCGGCUGAGCAAGGAAGAUCUUGUAGAUGCCGUGCAGAAGUCAUUGCCGCACGUCCCGCUCCUACUUGAGAAGGGGCGCUUCAAUGUGCUGAAAACACUAUUUGAGCGGUGUGAUGUACGGAAAGCCCAGGCCGAAAUUGACGCUCUCCUGGAGGCUGUGAUCAACCUCUAUGGGGGCCAUCCCGAGAUCCUGGUCCCCAAACUCUGUAGCUUGGAGGCAGAAGAAGCACGGGAAGGAUUCCAACAGGACAUCAAGAACAAGCAGUCUCUGGUCUCUCACGGCUGUCAGCUGGUGGGGGCCAUGCUUGGCAUAGCAGGCUCGCCUUCCGAGGCCGUCCAGACCUCAAUUUUGGCGCUCUCUCCUGAGUAUCUCGUCUCCCUAGCAACAUCUUCAGGGCCCACAGCAAAUAUCUUGACGACCGCCUUCGCCACUCCUUCUCGGGGUCCCGCAUUCCACAAAGUACUUGUUGCCAACCUGGUACCACAUGUUAUGGAGCUUGUCAACUCGCAAUAUGGUCAUAACAUACUCAAUGCCAUCAUCAACGCUCCUUCCAAGGGCGAUGGGAUAUCAAUUCCAUUCCAUCUGAAGGAGGUCAUCGUCUCUCAGCUAUCUGAUCACGAGAGAGAAAUCAGAGAGUCGUGGACAGGAAGAAAUGUGUGGCGAACGUGGAAAGGUGACGUGUGGAACCAUCGGAAAGCCGAGUGGAUAAGGUGGGCGAAGGAAAGGGACCCGGAAGGAGCCAGGCAGGCAGCGACGCCGAAACCGAGACACGGCGGCAAAUGGGACGAGGCGCGGAGGAGGCAGAAUUUCGAUACGGGGAGGAGGGUAGGGAAUACGGUGACGCCUGUGUAAGGACUUUUAUGAUACCCACCGGGGAGUAACAGCUGUUAUUAUGAUAUGGGGAUCCCUUGACACUGCUCGCCGGUUCGAAGACUUGAUGCAGUGCAGGAUAUCGAGAGCAUUACUCCCCCUAGCUUAUUGCCCAACAGCAACAAAUACAGCAACAAAUGGACUUUCGUGGGGGAUGAGAGAGGGUUAGGGGUUAGGGGCCAGGCUGUUGCUAGGGGAGCAUGUGAGAUUCACUUCAAAGUUGACCUCACAUAUAGGUGAAG